AGCUAUUUUGAGUUGUUGACCUUCCUGUUUAAGGUUCUUCCCUGCAGAUGGAAUGACUCAAUCAGGGAGGAAAGCGUUAUACAACAGGGCAGUGUGGCAUGGGUUGCAUAGAGGCCAGAGGGCAACUUGUACGAGUCUCUUUUCUCUUUCUACCAUGUGGGUCCCAAGAGACUGAACUCAGAUCCUCAGAUAUGGUGACAAGUGCCUAAAUCUGCGGAGUUGUCCUGCUAACCCUCCACUCUCAUUUUAAAGAGGAAGUUGGACUUGGUGUCUUGAUGAUCUGUUUCUGGGGUCAACACAGGAUGGCCAUGUCUUAGUCCCCGUCCAUGAAAAGUGGGAGGAGAGCCCGCAAAAAAAAGUAAACAAAUCUGUAUUUGGGUAAAGAGAGAGCAUAUGUCGCUUGGUGUUUCUCCUUGAUCCAGGAAGGUAGUGCAUGGUCAUAUUAAGUCCCUGAAAGGCUAUUUAUAAGUUUCUGUCAGACUUGGUCAGGAAGUGUGGGCCUAUAAGGACAGUCAUACUCUGUCCUUGUCCUGGUGGUAAGGGAGUGUCAAGACAGUGGGGCUACUCUAACAUUUCCUCUUGUGAGGUGAGGCCAUUGGGUUGGUGUUGGGAGUUCUGCAUUGGCAAGUGGCUCUGUACUGGGAGAAGCACAGGUUGUGCUGUGUGAUUUUGGGUCUGGCAGACUUUCCCUGGAAAAGGUCCUGGUCCCUAGCCCUGAGUUCUUAAGCUUUUUGUCUCUACCUUUGCCUGACAGUGCCGCCAUGGGGACCACAGCUGCAGGGCCUCUUCACCUGCUGGAUAUAUGUGACCAGAAACUUCUCGACUUUUUCUGUAAUGUGAACAAUAAGGACUUGGUGUGGCUCACGGAGAUUGUGGAGGAGGCUGAGCGCAUGUUCAUCAGAGAAUUCAACAAUGAGCCAGAGCUGAUGCCCAAAACUCCUUCUCAGAAGAACCGUCGGAGGAAAAGACGGGUGUCUAGCAUUCAAGAUGAAAACAGAGAUCCCAUGAGGAAAAGGUUAUCCCGCAGAAAGUCUCGGAGCAGCCAGCUAGGCACCCGGAACCUCUGCAGCAAGGACAAGGUGCAGAAGCCAGCCUCUGUUGAGAAUGGCUCCCCUGUCUUGCGGCGGAUAACCCGGGCUGCGGCAGCAGCAGCAGCAGCUGCAUCUGCAUCGGUGGCAUCAGCUGCUUCCUCCUCCACUGCUGGGUCUCCCACAGUACCGAUCAAGAAACCUGUGGUGAGGGUAAACGCCAGCGAGCAAUUGUGUGCAGACCAGCAACUCUUUAAGCUUAAAAGCGACCUUCCUCCGUCUUCAGUCCCAGCUCCAGCUCCACUUCCAGCUUCCCAAGGCACCCCAACAUCAGAGGAAGAGCCAACACCCAAGAAGUCAGAGGCUGGGAAGCUGGAAUCUGUCACAGUGAGCUCCCUCAAGGCUACCCCUCAGAGCCCCAAGAACCGAGGGGUCGGGGCAGGACGUUCUGUUUCCAAGCUCAAGAUUGCUCGGGCCUCCCGAGGCCUGCAGGACUCCCCAGACUCUGCGUGGCAGGAGCGGGUGCUUUCUCCCAUCCAGCCGAAUAUUAUCUUGCCCACCACAGCCAAGAGCCCUCUUGGGAACAUUAGGUCAGUGCAGCGAAACCCGGAUCCUCAAGUGCCACUAGCCACGAAGUACUCUUUGGUGGCUGACCAAGAAAAUGCCAGUCGCAGGUCAAGCAGAAGACUUGCCAAGAAGGCUGGCAAAGAGCCAGAGGCCUCUGCUCGUAUCAUCUGUCACAGUUACCUGGAGAGGCUCCUGAAUGUUGAAGUGCCUCAGAAAGUUGGCCUGGAGCAGGAGCCCACGGAGGAGGCUGAGCCAGAAGAGGCAGCAGAGGAACCAGAGGUCUCCGAGAACAGUGGGUGUAACUUGAAGCCCCUCAGUGCCACCAAGACUGAGAUAAGUGUGCCCACCUCAAAGCCUGUGCCCACUGGCCAGGCAACAGCUGUUGAAGAGCAGCAAGAUGCCGAGCUUGACCAAACAGAUGGACACAGAGAACCACCCCAGAGUGUCAGGAGGAAACGCAGCUAUAAGCAGGCAAUGAGUGAACCGGAUGAGGAGCAGCUGGAGGAUGUGGAGCUACAGCCCCCCCAGAACAAGACCCCUUCCCCACCCUGUCCAGCCAACAAGGUGGUACGGCCCCUCCGGACUUUCUUGCACACAGUGCAGAAGAACCAGAUGCUCAUGACCCCGACUUUGGCUUCCCGCAGCAGUGUCAUGAAGUCCUUUAUUAAACGUAACACUCCACUCCGCGUGGACCCUAAGUGCAGCUUUGUUGAGAAGGAGCGCCAGCGUCUGGAGAGCCUGCGGCGAAAGGAGGAGGCUGAGCAGCUGCGCAGGCAGAAGGUGGAGGAAGACAAGCGGCGGCGGCUGGAGGAGGUGAAGCUGAAGCGUGAAGAGCGCCUGCGCAAGGUGCUGCAGGCCCGUGAGCGGGUGGCGCAGAUGAAGGAGGAAAAGAAGAAGCAGAUUGAGCAGAAGUUUGCUCAGAUUGAUGAGAAGACAGAAAAGGCUAAGGAGGAGCGGCUGGCAGAGAAGGCCAAGAAGAAAGCAGCUGCCAAGAAGAUGGAGGAGGUAGAGGCACGCAGGAAACAGGAGGAGGAGGCCCGCAGGCUCAAGUGGCUCCAACAGGAGGAAGAGGAACGGCGACAUCAAGAGAUGCUACAGCGGAAGAAGGAGGAGGAACAGGCACGCCGCAAGGCAGCAGAGGCCAGGCGGCUGGCAGAGCAGCAGGAGCAGGAGCGGCAGCUGGCUGAGCAGGAGCGGCGGAGGGAGCAGGAACGCAGGGAGCAGGAGCGCAGGCGUGUGGGGCUGUGUCUUAUUCCAAAGUCAGCCUCAGAAUCUUGCUUUUGGAGAGUUCAGCUGUUGGCUCUAAGCUGGUGUCCGAUUCUACUGUUCCAUUCUUUAAAGGCAUGUCCACCAAGUCUAGCUUCCCUUUCUGGGAUAGGAACAGGGCUAGGGCCCCACUACUGGCCUGACAGAUUCUUGGUGGUCCUCAGGGAGAUGCAGGAGAGAGAGAAAGCCCUGCGGCUGCAGAAGGAACGACUUCAGAGGGAACUGGAAGAGAAGAAGAAGAAGGAAGAGCAGCAGCGCCUGGCUGAGCAGCGACUGCAGGAGGCGAAGAAAGUCAAGGAGGCAGCGGCAGCCAGCAAGGUCCUGAACGUGACAGUGGAUGUGCAGUCUCCUGUUUGUACCUCUUAUCAAAUGACUCCACAAGGACCCAAAUCUGUUCCCAAGAUCAGCACAGAUGACUAUGGGAUGGACCUAAAUAGCGAUGACUCCACAGAUGAUGAAGCCAAUCCCCGGAAACCCAUCCCUUCCUGGGCCAAAGGUACCCAGCUCAGCCAGGCCGUCAUCCAUCAGUACUACCACCCCCCAGACCUGCUGGAGCUCUUCGGAACUAUUCUCCCAUUGGACUUGGAGAAAAUAUUUGAUAAGAACAAGCCCCGCUACCACAAGCGCACUAGCUCUGCUGUUUGGAGCUCACCUCCCCUGAAAGCCACCAGGGUCCCCAGCAGCCUGGCCUGUAGCCUGAAGAAGCCAUGAGACAGGCCCUCAGCCCUCUUGACAGUACAGGGCCCAUGUGUGUCUGUGUGUCUUGUCUGUCACUCUGUCUCUCUCUUUGUUGGGCUGGCUCCAUUCUGUCUGACAUAUCAUUGUUCAGGUGGACAUCAGUGUCCUUUGCUUAUCAGGUGUCCCUGGACCAUUUGGAGGAUGGGCUUGAUGGGUGGCCGGGCAAGAACCAGGCUCAGCAUUGAUCGGUCUGUAGGCAGUACUCUGUAAAUAGAUAGAUAAAAUUCCGUUGGAUUUUAGUUCCUAGUGUUUGUGAGGUAGUUUAAUAAAGUCUAUACCUGGAAGCCUGCUGUGGACAUUGUGAAGACUAGGGCCUUCAGUGGAAUGCUCAUCUGCAGCAGGGUGUCUUGGGCCUUUACCUGCAGUGUGCCUCAGAAUCAUUUGGUUGGGCCUGAUGUGGUCCCUUCUAGAGGUUCUGAUGCCAGACAGCCCAUGGAAACAGGUCAGCAUGUCCUGAUAGGGCAAUCGAACAUGCUUCCUGUUUGUAAAUGGAGCCUACUCUGUGGGAGAGUCCUGGCUGUGACACAGCUCUGUAUCCUAGCCCCUCACCCUGACUGCUCCUCAGGUUCAGCCGUGCUCGCUGCAUGGGAGCAGAAGGACUUGAGAAAGUCCUUGUGCUAGGAUCUAGUCAGGAAAGGAAUGCCCCUCAAGACGAUGUUGGGACCUGUGCUUGCAGAUACAAAACCACCGGCUACUAAGUAAAUAUUUAGCUUGGUGAAGGGUGGCUUUGGUCCUGACAGCUCCUUGAUUUUUUUUUUUUUUCCCCUAGAAUUGGGGCUACCCUCAUGUGGUUGACAGGCCAAAUUAAAUCACAGUUGUUUUGGACACACUUACAGUAAAGGCAGUUUGUUUUCCCAUUACCUCCAGCUGCUCUACUCCUGGUGGCACUUAUGUGGCCUGGAAACUUGUUCAGAGGACCUUGGCCAAUUUUGCUUUAGGUCAAAAUACAGACCAAAUACAAAUGCAGUAGUGUUUUAAACAGUGAGGAAACGGGUGGCCCCUGGGAUUGUGGAGGUUGGUGGCUGUUGAGCGGUGCUUGCUG